AUGUCGAAUUCUGCGAGCGUUGUUGCGGUGAUGGCCACCGUUGCAACAGUCGGCACGGUCGGCUCUCCGGUUGUCACGGUGAGGAACAUGGAACGCCAGUGCUCCGUGGGAGUCAUGACGCCAACGUUUUUUUGCGCCCAACUGGUGAACUGCGUGGUGUGGUCUAUUUACGGCGUCUUACAGUCCUCGUUCGCCAUCAUCGCUUGCAACGUUGUUGGCAACGCCGUCGCGACGUACUGCUUGCUAGUUUUCCUCGCCGUUGCGCGGCUGGAGGAAAUGUCGGGGCGUCGCCUCCCGAGUACGACCUACAAAAAGUCCCGGAUGAGCGUCAUUGCCACCCUGUGCAUUAUCGCCGGCGUCUCCGCCCUAAUAGUGGCUCUCGCGGCCGCCAGCCCCCACGGCGCCAGGGUCUUCAAUGGUCUGCUGGGGGGCUGCACCAGCGCCUUCAUGCUCGGCUCCCCCCUCGCCCUGGCCGGGACCAUCGUCAGGAACAAGAACGCGGAGGGGCUGGCGCCUCUAACAAUGGCGUUUGGGCUGGCCAACACGCUGCUUUGGUUUCUCUAUGGGGUGUUAACGGGCGAUCCAUUUAUCAUGGCCCCGAAUGUUGUGGGGGCGCUGGCGUGCUGCUUUCAAUUUCUGCUUCUUUUCCGCUAUGGGAGACGCCCCGGCGAGGCGGUUGCCGUGAAAACGGCCGUCGCCCCGUUGCCGUUGGCCGACGCCUGA